AAAUGCGAGGAGACGCCCACACACAACACAACACGCCGCACAGUGACGGAGCAAGGCCGGAGCUAAAGCUUAGGGUUUCCCCGAUCCGGCGCGCGGUAGAGCUCGCCGCGCGCGCGCGGGGGAGGGAGCUCGCCGGGCGCGCGCGAGGGCGAGGGCUUGCCGACGCGGACCUGCACGCUGGGGCGGGGCGCCGGGGCUCAGAUCUGAGAUGGCCGACGGCGGCGAGGAGGGGAAUGCGGCGCCGCCCAGGCGGCGGAGGGGCCCGAUGCGGGCCAGCCUCGACGCCGACGAGCUCAUGGCGCUCAUGCACGGCUCGGAUCCCGUCAGGGUCGAGCUCACCCGCCUCGAGAACGAGCUCAGGGACAAGGAGAGGGAGCUCGGGGAUGCGCACACGGAGAUACGGGCGCUGCGGCUGUCGGAGAGGGCGCGCGAGAAGGCCGUCGAGGAGCUUACGGAUGAGUUGGAGAGGAUGGAUGAGAAGCUCAAGUUGACAGAAUCUCACCUAGAUAACAAGAAUCUGGAAGUCAAGAAGAUAAAUGAUGAGAAAAAGGCUGCAAUGGCUGCUCAGUUUGCAGCAGAAGCUACAUUGCGAAGAGUACAUGCAGCCCAAAAGGAUGAUGACAUGCCACCAAUUGAAGCCAUUCUUGCUCCACUUGAAGCAGAGCUAAAGCUAUCUCGGCAAGAGAUUGCAAAGCUUCAGGAUGAUAAUAGAGCCUUAGAUCGUCUAACAAAACAAAAAGAGGCAGCACUUCUGGAAGCAGAAAGGACUGUGGAAAUCGCAAUGGCAAAAGCUGCCAUGGUUGAUGACUUGCAAAACAAGAACCAAGAUUUGAUGAAGCAAAUUGAGAUCUGUCAUGAAGAAAAUAAAAUCCUGGACAAGUUGCAUCGCCAAAAGGUUGCAGAAGUUGAAAAGCUUAGUCAAACUGUGAGAGAGCUGGAAGAGUCUGUUCUACAAGGUGGUGCAGCCGCCAAUGCUGUUAGAGAUUACCAGCGCAAAGUGCAGGAGAUGAAUGAUGAAAGAAAAACACUUGACCGUGAACUUGCUCGUGCAAAAGUUACAGCAAAUAGGGUUGCUGUUGUGGUUGCAAAUGAAUGGAAAGAUUCUAAUGACAAAGUGAUGCCAGUUAAACAGUGGCUUGAAGAGCGCAGGUUCUUGCAGGGUGAAAUGCAACAGCUUCGUGAUAAGCUUGCUAUUGCAGAACGUGCAGCACGAUCUGAAGCUCAACUAAAGGAAAAAUAUCAGUUGCGCCUGAAAGUUUUAGAAGAUGGACUACGAGGGCCGCCAAGUGGCUCUAGUCGACCACCUACUGAAGGAAAGAGUUUCAGCAAUGGUCCUUCCCGUCGGUUAUCACUUGGUGGAGCCGAUAAUAUUCCUAAAUUGUCACCAAAUGGCUUAUUAACAAGGAGAUCUCCAUCUUUCCAUUCAAGAUCAUCUCUUUCUUCUAGCAGCAGUUUGAUCCUAAAACAUGCCAAAGGAACUUCAAAGUCAUUUGAUGGUGGAACGAGGUCACUAGACAGGGGAAAGGUCCAUGGAAAUGGAUCACAUUUACUUAACAGAUCUACAGAUGCUGUCAAAGAUCGUGAAGUGGAUGAGAGAACUAAUGAAAGUGCCAAUAGCAAUCCGGAUGAGAGAAGUAAUGAAUCCACAAAUAGCAACUCAGUCGAAAUGGUCUCUGGUUUCCUGUAUAAUAUGUUGCAGAAGGAGGUUGUUUCUUUGAGGAAAGCAUGCCACGAGAAAGAUCAAAGUCUAAAGGACAAAGAUGAUGCAAUUGAGAUGUUAGCAAAGAAAGUUGAUACCUUGACCAAAGCAAUGGAAGUGGAGGCUAAAAAGAUGAGGCGAGAGGUUGCUGCCAUGGAGAAAGAAGUUGCAGCUAUGCGUGUUGAUAAGGACCAAGAAAUGAAAGCCAGGCGGCUUGGUAAUUCGAAAGGAUCUGGGAGUUCUCAGCUGCUCCCUGGAAGAAGCGCACCACGAAGUGGGUUGACACGCAACUUCCAAUGACGGCGGCACUAACUUGAGGCGGCACGAUCCCAUAGAGUCCAUUUCACUCUGUAUUUGCUUGGUUGAGUUACCUAUUAGUUUUGCGGUUGAGAUCAUAGCACAGAUGACCCUGUGAUAUCUUAGUUGGGGAAAGGGCAGUAGGCUCGGAUCUGACAUGAUUGCUGCUCUGCCGUAGUGGAGGUGGCCCUGAGGCGAGGUCUAACCCCCUAUGGCUCGCCCUUGUUUUGUCGAUGUUCCUGAUGCUUUUGUAUAGGCUGGGCGGUCUCUACGUCCUCUCCCAUCUGUAAUGUAGCUAGAGUGUUUGUUUGGUUCUGCUCCUGCAUACCCCUUUGCCCAGGUUGUGAAUAUUUUUAUUCUCACAUGAUUAUUGGCUCUGCUAUAUUUUCCA